AUGGUAGGGGGAGGAGAACAAGGAAGCAGUAAUGCAGUCACUGAAGAGGGCGUUGCAGAGACGCCGCAUGAAGACGCACAGCGGCAACCCGACAACCAGAAGACUCGCGCGGACCACAAGCGGGACAAGAAGCGGCGGGAACUCGCACGUUCCUCACAUUCCGUGGACCAAGCCGUGAAGGGGGACCUGCCAGGCUAUGGAGCGAGUCCAGAAAAUGACCAGCAACGGCGUCUCCUGGAGGCGCUAGAGACGGGGGACCUGCCGGCGUUCCAGGAGCUGCUGAAGUCUGGAACCGUGGACCCCAUCUUCCGCUAUAAGCCUCCUUUCUUCAAGAAAUUCGGCACCUGCCUCGAGAUAGCCUGCCGCACCGAUGGCCGAGCAGCUUUCGUCCAGGCACUGCUGAAUAAUGGAGUGCGGCCCAACAACAUCAUUCUGCCAGAGCCCAUACACUAUGCAGCCAAACACGGACAGGCAGACUCUCUGGAGGCGCUGCUCGGACACAGCAAGACGCGCGUUAACGCGACCGACGCGGCUGAGCGCACGGCGCUGCACCUCGUGGCCGAGCACUUCCACGACUCCUGCGAGGCAGAGCGCGCCGAGGGCUACCGCCGGUGCGUGGAGCUGCUGAUGGCGCUCCCGGACUUCCACGUCAACGGCGUCGACAGCCGCGGCUUCACGGCCGCGCACGCUGCAGCCCACUACAAAAACCGACUCGCCUUCACUGCCAUCCUCGACAAGUGCCGAGAGGCUGGUCGGACACUGGACCUGGACAAGGCGACUCCAGGUGGGCACACAGCUCGCCAGCUCGCUCAGAAGGUGUUCCCGGACGUUAGCCUCCCAGGUGCAGGGCUGCCACAAGACGACGCGGUGGAAGAGCUGCUGUCUGCGCUGAGUGAGGGCGAGUCGGCGCGCUGCAGACAGCUGUUGGUGGCAGCUGCCGCAUGGGGGUUCGACGCCAACCUUUGGCUGGACGAGCCCCUGGGCAUGCGCCUGUUGGAAGCCGCCUGCCGACUGCCCACUCACCGUUCCACGCCAGACUUCGUGCGCGUUACACUUGCCGCUGGCGCCGAUCCCAACGCCAUCAACCUUAAGACUCACAGAACGGCUCUCCAUGUGGCAGCAGAAGAGGGGAACGUGGCCGUUCUGGACUGCCUUCUGGAAGACGAGUCGGUGGACAUCAACGCGCAAGACCGUGAUGGCGUAACGCCGCUGAUGCUGGCCGUGGAGGCGGCGGAGCUGGACUGCGUCGAGAGACUGCUGGCGCGUAGCGACCUGGAGGCCGGCAAAGUGGACGCGCGCGGUCGCACCGUGCUGCACUAUGCAGCGCUCGCCGCACCCACCGACGACGGCGUCGACUGCCUGCGUCAGCUGCUGGAGAGGCGUGACCUGCACCCGGCAGUCCCUGACGCAGAGGGCCACAAACCGGCAGACGUGGCCGCCGAUCUCCAGGUGCGCCAAAUGCUGGAGGAGGCGUGUUCUCGACGGUCGCCGCCUCUCCUUGUCCGCCAGAAACGAUCCAUGCUGAUUUCACAGCAAACUUCCCCGUGGCAGCGCUAUUUCGAUCUCCUGGUCAUUGGUGACUACGAAUCAUUCAUAAAAGACAUCGACGAGCUAGGCGAAGAGGGGAGAGAGAUUUUGGAUAACAAGAGCGGGCAGUACACACUACUGCAAUUCGCUGUUAUCAGAGGACAGUGCGAGGUGGUCAAAGCUUUGCUCGAUAAGGGUGCUGACCCCAACUGUAUCGGCGUCUCCGACAAGCACGCUAGCCCGCCCCUGGUGAUGGCCUCGUUUAUAGCGUCUAAAGGAAAAGACAGCGUCGCUAAAAAAAUUAUAACACUGCUGCUACAGACAGAAAGGACCGACGUCAACGCCAGCAACGUCCGAGGGUACACAGCGCUGCAUUUCGCGUCCAGGAACGCCGAUCUGAAUACGGUUGUUGAACUCCUAAACCGCGGUGCCAAUAUGAGAGCAAAGAGCUCCUUUGGCGAGUAUCCGCUCAGUGCUGCGAACGUCGAUGCGCUACUCAACAACAGUCUCAGUUCUACCGACAACUGCUUGCCGACUCAUCUCCAGUACGUCAUAAAAUUCGACUUCAGUCUGCUGCUCACCGAUGUCAGGUCAUCAGUUCCUCCGCCAUUUGCUAAAAUAUUUCACAGGGACACUAAAGAUCCAGAGAAAGCGCUUCUUGAGUCUGAGAAACGCAUAGGUGCCCCAACACGUCGCUUGUAUUCUGAAAUGCGUUUCCUGCGUUUCUUAAGCCACUCAGAAGAACAUGAAGAAGUUCUACACCACCCAGUAAUCAAAGCAUUCCUACACUUGAAGUAUAAGCGAAUAACGUGGCUAUUGAGGCUGAACUUCAUCUUGUACUUCACAUACGUGCUUGCCUUUAGUUCAUUCAUAUGGGUGCAGUAUAGUAACACGGAGAAGCGCGGCACCACUGCAUGGAUCGUCUUGAAUGUGUUAACGUAUGUUAGCUUGGUACCAAUCGCAGUAAGAGAAAUCUUUCAAAUGUUUCACCCGAAAUCGUACUUCAGAAACGUUCAAAACUACAAAGAUAUGUUAAUGCUCUCUGGCACAGUAUUCACCCUAAUUUUCACUCCCCAGAAUGGCAUUGGUAUGUGGUGGACAACCCUAACGAUAAUUCUCUCGUGGUUUGAACUGUUAUGGCUUUGUGGCCGUUUCCAAAGACACGCAAUGUAUGUCGAGAUGUUCAGAACAGUUUUGCGAAAUUAUACUUACUUCUUCACCAUAUUUUCUUUGAUCAUCUUAGGAUUCUCGUUCUCUUUCUACGUGGUAUUCUCCUCAGACAGAACUACAAUUCCCAGCAACGACACGACGGUCGACACUGUACAUUACUUCUCCCACCCCCUGUUCGCUUUAUUCAAAAUAGUCAAUAUGAUGGCUGGAGACAUGGCCCCAGACAUCACUCUCAAUUUAGACGUCGUCCUUGCAUGCUUCGUUGUCACUCUUUUCAUGUUCUUUCUACCAAUCGUUCUUUUAAAUCUGCUGACAGCACUCGCGGUAUCUGAUGAACAAAAGAUAAGAGAAAACGCCGAGAUACUCAGCCUGAAGUCACAGAUCGACUGUCUCUACGAAAUGGAAAAAAUUGCAUCACGUCACUACGAGAUCACUAAAGCACUGAAACUCAAGUUUCUCUAUGAUCGAUUGAGAAAAGUGUGGCUCUUCCAAAAAGGAUCAGAAAAAACGCGGCUGGAAGUCUGGCCUAACAAAGGACAAUUUGGUAAACUGGUAAGUGAGCUGAGCGGUGAAAAAAGAAACACACCUGUGUCCGGCACGAUAGACAUGAGUCUGAUAGAAGAAGCCAAGCAACUACUGGCAGAACGGCCGAUAUUGUCAGAGAAAGAGGGCUUCGAACAACUCCAUAAACUCGUCGAACAGUUGAAAAUUGUUCAGAUGCAGAUGGAAAACUACAAAGUGGAGCUGGAAAAUGCGAAGAAGCCAAAACGUCUGUAAAAUCUCUCUGAGUGCGUCUAGACAUAUUACUUGUUAAUGCCUAGCGUCCUUCUGGAACAGCAUAGGAAACUAGACUACGACAUCAAGAGUUUCAUGAUGUAUAAGAUGUAUAAACUGGCGACCUUUGUGAACCCAGCCAACGGAAGAAAGUUCGUAAGAGGAAAUGAUAAUCUUCCGUAAUAUUACUUACGGGCCAGUAAUCCUUGUGCAUCUUUCUUCCCUGGAGAGGAAAAUAAACGUAAACCUCAAAAUACUUUGUCCCAUUUCUCAUCUGCCCAGAAUAGUCGAUUAACUUCAUCUCUUUCUCUCCAAUUACACAGUGAUGCCCACGUUGCUCAGUACAAACUCACUUGGUUGAACUACACUUUCUACAUACGAGCAACGUCAUUCCCAGAGAACAGUUAGACAGUAAAAAGCAAGCAAAAUGUGCUGGAUUUGUACGUUAUGUAACUGAAGAA